UUUGACGACAAAGAAAUGCUCCAAAAAGUCACCACCCCUCCUUUCGCUCUCUUUCUUCACUUUUAGGCUGUUUCUCCCUUUUCAUUUGGAGAGAGAAAGAAUGCUAACGAAUCGAACUACUCUGAGAACAGAUAGGGAACUGUAGGGGAGACCAAUUUAAACUCUCUCUCUCUCUCUCUCUCUCUCUCUCUCUCUCUCUCUCUUCGUCUUUCGUGCUUAUCUGUGUUUCCUAAUAUUCAAUCACCGGAAAACAUAAUCAACACAAAACCCUAAAUCGAGGAAGCCAACGACACAGUUCAAGCCCACAGAAACGACAGGCCACGUCAGCAUAUUGAUAAGUGUGUGGGAUUUCAAAUUUAAGGAAGAAAAAUAGGAUGCGGAGGUGGUUGUGUUGCACUUGUCAAGUUGAAGAGUCUUAUUCAUCAAAUCACAAUGAUCCCAUAAAGAAUCCCACUGAUUACACAGAUGGGCAUCAAAAGGGUCAAAAAGAAUCUCCUAUAAAACCUGAAGUGCAAAAAACAGCUCCACCAAUAGAAGUUCCUGAACUUUCAUUAGAAGAACUUAAAGAAAAAACCGAUGAUUUUGGAUCAAAGGCAUUAAUUGGUGAAGGUUCAUAUGGAAGAGUUUAUUUUGCAACUUUAAAUAAUGGAAAAACUGUUGCUGUUAAAAAACUUGAUGUUUCUACUGAGGCUGAAUCAAAUAAUGAGUUUUUGUCUCAGGUUUCCAUGUUCUCAAUGUUGAAGCAUGAGAAUCUUAUAGAGUUGCUCGGUUAUUGUGUUGAAGGAAAUGUGCGUGUUUUGGCUUAUGAAUUUGCAACCAUGGGAUCUUUACAUGACAUUUUGCAUGGUAGGAAAGGGGUGCAAGGAGCACAACCAGGGCCAGUGAUUGAUUGGAUGCAACGGGUAAAGAUUGCAGUUGAUGCAGCAAAAGGGCUUGAAUAUUUACAUGAAAAGGCUCAACCUUGUAUAAUUCAUAGAGAUAUAAGGUCAAGCAAUGUGCUUUUAUUUGAAGAUUUAAAAGCCAAAAUUGCAGACUUUAAUCUUUCAAAUCAAUCACCAGACAUGGCUGCUCGAUUGCAUUCUACUCGUGUAUUGGGCACCUUUGGCUAUCAUGCACCAGAAUACGCGAUGACUGGGCAAUUAACACAGAAGAGUGAUGUGUAUAGCUUUGGUGUUGUUCUUCUUGAGCUUUUAACUGGCCGGAAGCCUGUUGAUCACACAAUGCCACGUGGACAACAAAGCCUUGUCACUUGGGCUACUCCAAGGCUAAGCGAAGACAAGGUUAAACAAUGUGUAGAUCCAAAGCUCAAGGGAGAAUAUCCUCCAAAGGCAGUUGCAAAGUUAGCAGCUGUGGCUGCAUUAUGUGUGCAAUAUGAAUCCGAGUUUAGGCCAAACAUGAGCAUUGUUGUGAAGGCUCUUCAACCACUUUUAAAGGCUUCUCCACCAACAGCACCUGAGAUUUUAACAGAAUGAAAAUCUUGAUUCAUGAAAAAUUCUCAACUUCAAUGGGAAAACAAACAUUGGUUGGUGGUGUGUUCAUCUGUAGAUUCUACCUUUUGCCACCUUUAUAUAUAUACACAUAUACAUACAUAACAUAUAUAUACGUAUAGGGUUUUAUCCGUUUGAUUCUUGCAUUUGAGAAGUAUUGUUGAGCCGUUUUUUUUGUUUGAUGGAAUUUUAUGAAUAAUGUGAGAGUUUUGAAUUUGGUUUUGUUGUGAUUUGUUAUAUUAUUGAGGUUUUCUGCGA